UGGAGGCCGAUCAGCCUCUUGAAGUCUAUGGCCAAAACAGUGGAAGCUGUGAUCAGAAACAGGAUUAUGAAAAUAGCUGUUAUACCGAGCUAUAUACACGGCUAUGUAAACAGUAGGAGCACUGUUACAGCCAUUCGGAGUCUGAAGGACGAAGUAUUAGAAGCAAAAGGGGGGGAGAAAGUAUUGGUGCUGUAUGACCUAUCAGCAGCAUUCGACAAAAUUUCGCAGAAGUAUAUAAUCAAAACUUUUAAGAAAAGAACGAACAAAAGAUGGUCUCAGCUGAUCCACAGCUAUCCAGUUGGUCAUACCUCAACCUUGGACGGUGUUAAAAGGACGACGUCUUUGGGGGUACCACAAGGGUCUUGUACAGGACCUGUCUGUUUUAUGCUGAGUACGAUAGAACUGGGAGAACUGCUAUCGACACAAAACGUAAGAUUCAAGAGGAAGGUGGCAAUCUAUGCGGAUGAUAUAGCUGUUUGCUUGGAAGCAAACACGGUAGAAGAUCUAAUCUUUGCCAUCGAGGAUACAGAUAGAAUUGUGGAAGCAUGGGCCGAGAGAGCAAAUUUGCAGACUAAUAAGACGAAAAAUGAGAUCUUUGUUAAAGAUACAAGUCUCAAAAAUACACUAGAAGAAAAACUGAUAGAAAAGGGAAUGAAUGACACUGCAC